GAGGCACCAUGGCUGCGGACAGAACCUUACUGCUGUCUCUGGUGGAGGAAUUUGUGUCAGGACUGCAGGACAGCAAGGCCAAAGAUACCUCAAAAGGUGUCAAAGAUGGACAGUUUACAGUACUGCAGCUGGUGGAGGCGCUGGGACUAAGUCUAACCAGCUCUCAGCCUCACACUCGAGCCAGAGGAGUCCAGCUGCUCUCUGAAGUUUUACAAGAGUGUUAUGGAGAUCUAACAGAGAGAGAAGUGGAAGUGCUUAUUGCCUUCUAUGAAAACCGCUUGAAGGACCAUUAUGUCAUCACGCCGCCUGUGUUGCGGGGCCUCAAAGCAUUGACCAAAUGUACAGUGUUGCCACCUGGCUCAGCUGUGUCCAUGCUGAGGUCCUUGUUCCAGGACGUUCAUGUUCAGUCUCUGAUGCUGGCAGAGAGAGCAUGCGUUUACAACAUGCUCAUCAAUCUCAUGGAGACCAGGGAGGCUGAACUGAAGGGUUUAGGAGCAGACUUUGUCUUUGGAUUUGUCCAAUCGAUGGAUGGGGAGCGGGAUCCUCGCAACCUGCUUUUGGCCUUUCAGAUUGCAAAGACCAUCAUCAGUCGGGGUUAUGAUCUAGGUAAAUUCACUGAAGAGCUGUUCGAAGUGACGUCCUGUUAUUUCCCCAUCGACUUCACCCCUCCUCCCAAUGACCCACAUGGCAUCACCAAAGAAGACCUGAUCCAGAUGUUGCGGGCUGUCCUCACUGGGACACCAAAGUUUGCCGAGUUUCUGUUACCGCUCAUUAUUGAGAAGCUCGACUCGGAUGUUCAGAGCGCUAAGCUGGACUCGCUGCAGACUCUGACUGUGUGUGUGUCUCAGUAUGAACAUAAGGACCUGGCUGAGUUCCUCGAGGGACUGUGGGUUUCAAUUCGCCGAGAGGUGUUUCAGACAUCCAGCGAGAGGAUUGAGUCUGCAUGCCUCGCUGCUCUCACCGCGCUCACUUCCUGUCUGUCUCGCUCGGUCCUGAGUUCUGAAUCUGAAGACUGUCUCAGCACCUUUCUAGAUCUCGUUCUCAAAGACUGUAAACAUCACCUGAGUGAACCCGACCUGAAGCUUGUGUGGCCCAGUGCCAAGCUGCUGCAGGCGUCAUGCAGCGCCUCCAUCAGGGCGAGCCAUGUCAUAACAGCUUCUGUCAUGCCCAACAUUGUGGAGCAGUACAACAGCAGAACACAGUGUUCCCACAGACGGACGUUACUGGAGGUGGUGCAGCGAUUCAUCCAGUCUGUAAAAACAGGCCAGUCUUCAGAGAAUGAAGACAGUGUGUUCUUAGCGUACCGUGAGUCCCUGUGCUCGAUGGUGUUUUCAGCUCUGUCUGAGAGUAACAGCAGCCUGCAGAUCACAGCCACUUCAGUCCUCACGUCACUGGGACAACAAACAGGUCUGUUGUUGAACUCUGACAUUGAACUGGCGGUGGAUCACCUGACCAGGCUGUUGCUGACGGAGGACGACGACAGAGUCUGCCUUGCAGUGGUGGAGUGUGCUGGCGCUUUAGCAGAAUUACAUCCGGUGGUCUUCAUCACUAAAAUGAUCCCAGGGCUAAAGACGGAGAUAUUUUCUGCACUCAUGGAUCAAGACAACACAGAGGCCUCCGAAAAGCUUUCCCAUCAUGCAGUGCGUCAGCGGUGUUUGUCUGCUCUUGCUGCUGUGUCCGUCCACCCCAGUGUUGUCCAGGAGAGCACACCGGUCCUCCUGGAAGUCCUCAGUUCAGCACACACAGGUAGUGUGAAUUUCUUGGUGGAGGAGGUGGUACUGGCGUGCCGCAGCCUGCAGAGGAUCGCAGAGCAGGUUCAGGACACAGAGGAGACCGGGCGAUGCUUCCAUGAGGUCAUCAUCCCUCGCCUGUUGGGACUGACACUUCAGGCAGCUCUGCAGGAUGAAGGGUCGUCUGGUCAUCGUAGUCCUCUGGUGGAGGAGGCUGUCCUGUCUGCUAUGGUCCCCGUCAUCAGCACUUCCUGUUCCAGGCUCCAGCCCCAGUUGGCAGAACAGACGGCAUCGAGGGCUACAUCCCUCUUCCUAAACGGAGACGUCUCAUUUUUGCCCGACAACUCCUUCCCUUCACACAUCCAGCUGCUCAAGAAGCAGCAGGGCAGCACUUGGAGGCAGUCCCAGAUGGUCUGUCUGCUCAUGGGCUGUGUGUGUUCAUUACCUCCCAGUGUGCGGAUACCUCAGUUAGAUGAGCUGUUGUCAGAGCUGGAGGAGAUGAGCUGUACCUGCACACACACGCUGUCAUACACCUCUGCUGCAAAGUGCUUUGCAGGCCUGAUCAACAAGAGUCUACAGGGUGACGCUCUGGACAGCCUCAUUCAGAGGACAGUGAGGAGGGUCUGCGGUGAGAUGGAUUCUCCAGGCUCAGCGCUGCGCACUCAGGCCUUCACCCUCAUGAUCUGGGUUGCCAAGGCUCUGCUGGUCAGAUACCACCCUCUGUCUACAACACUGACGGACAAGCUCUUCUCUCUGCUCGACAACACCGAUCUUGGUUCGAUGGCGGCGGACGGCUUUUCGCUGCUGAUGAGCGACUCCGCUGACGUCCUGAACCGGGCGUGUCACGCAGACGUACGCAUCAUGUACCGCCAACGUUUCUUCAGUGAGAAUUCAGCCAAACUGGUGCAGGGCUUCAACGCAGCUCCCCAAGAGAAAAAACCAAACUACCUGAAGGCUCUGUCCAACAUCGUCAAUAAGCUGCCCAAGCAAGUUCAAGUGACCGAACUCCCAGCGCUCCUGUCGCUGCUGCUGGAGGCCUUGUCAUGUCCCGACGGCGGCGUCCAGCUGUCCACUCUGUCGUGUCUGGAGCCCGUCCUCGCCGACCCUCCGGCGGCGCUCAUCCAACAGCUGGAGGCGCUGGUCAGCAGGCUGCUCGCCCUCACCUCCAGCCCAGCCAUGGAUGUGAGGAUCGCCUCCUUGCGGUGCAUCCAUGCACUGUCACGCUUCCCUGUACACGAGGUUUUGCCGUUCCGAGCCCAAGUGUUGCGAGCUCUGGCCCGACCCCUGGACGACAAGAAGAGGCUGGUGAGGAACGAGGCGGUGCAGGCACGAGGAGAAUGGUUCCUCUUGGGGAGUCCUGGGGGGAGGUGAUUUUCCAGACCACUUUCAGCCAAUGUGGAGCAAAGCAGAAAUGGGAAACGUCGGUUCCAGGAACGUGGAACCAGGGCCAAAGCCGUGGAGUCGAUGCGACAGCGGCCUAUUCUUACUGAAAGUCUGCACCACCCACCGUCACCCUGUUCUCUGGAGCUUCCUGCACACUUCCAAUCACCAGACCCCUCCAUCCGUCUCCCUUUUCCUUUUUUAUUUCUCAGAUGUUUUGUUUUGACUGCCAGGGUUUUAAUAAACGCACAAAUAAGAGCAUAUGGACUGACCCUGAGGUUAAAAAGGACAAGUCAUUUGGUUACUUUUUAUGUCAACAGAUUAAUAAAAUAAGACAAAUAAUACAUAGUCUUUUCAAUGAGUUAACAGUUAAGGGAUAAAAUGUUGUAUUUUUGGUGGGUUUUUAAGAUCCCAUCAUAUCGGACUAAGAUCGAAUGAAAUGACUUUUGCCGUUAAAUGUAGAUGGCUGACAAAAACCUUAAAAUUCUGCAGUUUUUUGGGGUUUUUUUGGGACUUUGUAAGACUUUGAGGUUCCGGAAACAUUUCGUCUUGAUUGUAGAUGAUGUGGACUUUAUGGAGCAGCUCUGAAAGCCAUCAGGCACCGACGGCGUCCGGUCUUCUCAUGUCUUGAAGCGUUUGUAAUGAAGACCUGGGCUGCAGCUGACCUCCGGUAGCCAAGCACCUCCACUGACAUGAGCGCAUUUUUUUUUUAUGACUCAUUUAAUGUAAUAAGUGUCAAAGUUAAUGUAUGUCGAGAGCAUUAUGAUUGUGAUGAACAGCACAUGAACAUAUGCCUUGUAUUCACACUGUUUGGAAGAAGUCGAUGCUGUCGUUCAGUUCCAACCUCACACCAACUUAUGCCAAGGAAAUAAGACCAUGUUUAAAUGUCUAACUUAAGAUGUCAUUAAAAGUCGAUUUAACAAAUC